AUCGGUGUAACAUCCUCGCGUCUCUCUGUAGGCCGCACCGCAUGGGCCGCAGCAAACGAAGAGUCUCAGUGCGCAACGGACGACGCUGCAGACGAGAUCAUGGAGAGAAUCGUACAAUCAGCCACUCAGAGUCCCAGAGAACGAGGUCAACCCCGCGAACGCCGCCGCUCACGCGUGAACCGCAAAUCACUGAGGAGGACUCUGAAGGGCGGUCUGACCGCAGAAGAAGCUCAAGCGCUGGGAUUGGACACAUCAGAGAUGCCGGUGUAAUGGGACGUCCCGUCCGAAGCACACUGACGCUGUUGCCUUCAGUAGAACUCAUCUCAAGUCAACAGAAAAUCUGUAAAAACACGGUUUAAUAAUGAAACGGCUGCAGAAUCUUUCACUGGUCAUAUAUACAGCAAAGCUCCGCCUACACACUGUGUGUUUGAUUCUAAGCCACGCCCCCCUCAUUACAUACACGCCUCACCAGCCAAUCACAGGCCGUCACUGUGAUGAUGUAAAAUCCCUUUACAGUUUAGUUCAAUGAAAGGUAAAAAUAAGAUGUUUUUCCCCCGACUGAACACUUAUCUCAGGGUUUGACUGUCGUUUCAUUAGAAUUUUAUUUCUAUUUAUAACUAUCAAAAAUAGAGGAACGGUGAAAUGUGGCUUUAAAUGUCCGGUCACUUGGUUCACUUUAUGUUUGCGUCGGUCAGAUCAGUGAAACUGUGGUCUGAUACUUUGGAUUAUUUAUUGUUAAAUGUACAAUAUUGAGGGACAACUUUCAACAGAUAUUAAAUGUGUGUAUUUUUUAAAUCCUACAAUCCUAGAUGUGGUUUUCAGACAGUAAAACACCUUUAAAACACGCACAGACUUAGUGAAAUUUUAUUUUUGUGCAGUUCAGUUUUAUAUCUUUAACCCUCGUAAUUCAUUCAGGUCUGUUUUGACCCAGAAGAAAUAGAAAUACAGAACAAUUUCUAAACAAUGCAUAGUUUUUAGUAAGGGAUCCAAACUUUGCAGAUGCUUUAAGAUCCUCAAAAUACACAUAGUUAAUUUUUUUCUUUCAGAGAUAUAUCGCGUUUCGUGUUCGGGUCAUUUUUGACCCGGGUUUGUAUGGAGAACCAUUGGUGUCAAAAAUACCUUCUUUAAAGUAAUCUAUGAAGGUAUAUUAGUGCCAAAAACAUUAGUAAAAUAUUUUUAGCCUUUUCCCCACAUCUCACAUACUUCUGGACUGAAUUUUGUUUUGGUGAACAUGAAUAUGUGUGACUAUUGACCACUGCAGCAAGAAAAACUGACCAUUUUAAAUCCGAAAGUGAAAGUUUAUGCAAAGUAAAAUGAAUUUAUUUCAUUUUAAAAGUUCUCAGAGUAAUAUUUAUGUUGUGUUAGAAAUAAAUAUGUCGGUUUUCAUACAUUUGGACUAUUCAGGAGAUUUAAAUUCAAAGGAAUUUAAUUAAAUUCUGUUCAUUCCAAAGGGGUUAAUGGUAAUUCACAGAUUAUAUAUUU